GCCGCCCACUGAAGGCUCACACCGCACAUGGGGAGGAAGUAAAAACAUAGUUGCCGGUUUGAGUAAAACCGUUUGGAUUUGUACUUUUAGAAAUACGUGUUUAAACCUGUUAGAAAUAGUUUGAGUGCAGCGGGAAGUCGUCGCCAUUAAUGAUGCUAGUCGACGUACAGCUCUCCAUCCUCCGAGGCUUUCUGUCACCCAGCGAGGCGGCGGAAUGGAAGCAGAACAUCUUCACUAUUUCAGAGGUGGGAUCCUUGCUGGAGUCCUUGAUGAACGGGGACUUGGAGGCGGUUCUGAAGAGCUCCACGGUGUCGCUUCUGCUCACUGGGGAUGGCAGAUGCAGUGAGGGAGAGGACAUUGAGGCCUAUUUGGAGCGACAGAUCCUGUCGUACCUGGCUGGUGGCGCAGAUGGGGAUCAAAACAAGAGCCUCAGAGAACUGGUGGUGAUGGUCCUGGCUGUUUCCUGCCUGCACAUGUUUGUUCAGAGUAACUGGACCGGGCCUUCGCUCUCCAUCCAUCUCCCUGACCUCCUGCCCUCAGCUCUGCUCUCCUCUCAGCCUGAGUCCGUGGUCGAAUCCAUCCACUCUUGCCUGUUGCUGGACGGAGAGUCUGUGUACAGCCUGGUGGCCAACCCCUUCCUCCUCCUGCUUGCCAGGGUUAUUCUGACCAAGUGCUCUUCCAAGAUGAACAGUCUUCAACUGCUCCCCUGGUGGACUCUGCGCUACAUCAAACUGCACCAGCAAAUCCUAGAGGCGUGUUCUCCGCGGCUCCUCAACUUGGCGCUCACAAGCAUGGACGAAGUGCGGAAAUGCGUGUUCCUGUUCUCUGAGCAGAGAAACCUGGCCAUCCAGUUCCAUUUGGAGUGCGUCUACUGUAGUCUGGCCUACUAUGAAUACUCCACUGCCAAGGAACACAUGAAGAAAGCCCAGGAACUCUCCAUGCUUGAUAUCAACAUGACUGGUGCUCUGGGCAAACGUACGUACUUCCAGGAAAACUACUUGGCUCAGCUCGUUCUUGAAGUCAGGCAAAAGCAGGAACGGGACCGGCCAGGACAUGCCGCCGCUGAAGCGAGCCCCUCCCCCACACCCAAAGCCCAGCUGCCCAAGGACUGCCGUCUUGGCGAUGACACCGUGUUAGACAAACUCAACUUAGCCGAGCCAGACCAGUACGAGCUGCCGGACCUCAGCGCCGAGGAGCAAGCGUUGGUCCUGGGCGUCUGCACAGAUUUUCAGAAGAACAACCCCGUCCACAAGCUGACAGAAGAAGAACUCCUGGCCUUCACGUCGUGUUUACUGUCCCAGCCCAAGUUCUGGGCCGUGGAGAUGACGGCUCUUUGCCUCAGAACCAAACUGGAAAGAGGGAGUUCCCGGUGUGUGGAGAGAGCCAUGAUGCAAAUGCAGGCUCUAGCAGACCAUUUUGAAGACACAAACUGUCCUUUUACGGAGCGUCUCAAGGUCUUUUACUGCUGCCAUGCCCCAACCAGAUGGGAUGUCCAGAAGCAGUUGGCUUCCCUGCUGAUGGACCUCGGCUGCAUCAGUUCAGCUCUGCUCAUUUAUGAAAAGCUGCAGCUGUGGGAAGACGUCAUCGUUUGCUGGGAGAGACUUGGCCAGCAUGGGAAGGCUGAAGAGCUGGUUCGUCAGGAGCUGGCGAAGAAGGAGACACCGAGCCUGUACUGCCUACUUGGGGACAUCUUAAGAGAGCAUCGGUACUACGACCGGGCGUGGGACCUCUCGGGCCAUCGCAGCGCCCGAGCCAUGCGCUCCAAAGCCCUGCUGCACCUCCGGGAGAAGGAGUUCCAGCAGUGUGUCGACUGCUUCGAGAAGUCACUCAAAAUCAACGCCCUGCAGCUCGGUGUGUGGUUUUCUUUGGGUUGUGCCUACCUUGCCCUGCAAGGCUACGAGGGAGCGGCCAAGGCUUUCCAAAGAUGCGUGGGCCUGGAACCAGACAAUGCAGAAGCCUGGAACAACCUCUCCACGGCGCACAUCCGCCUGCACGACAAGAACAAAGCCUUUCGCACCCUCCAGGAAGCCCUCAAGUGUAACUACGAGCACUGGCAGAUCUGGGAGAACUUUAUUGUUGUCAGUAUCGACGUGGGCGCCUUCGCUGAAGCCAUCAAGGCUUACCAUCGCCUGAUGGAUCUCAAGGACAACUACAAGGACAUCCAGAUCGUUCAGAUCCUGGUGCGGGCUGUGGUUGACAAGCUCACGGACAACCAGGGUGAGCAGGCCGCCUCCCUGCAGUCCCAACUAAGAGAACUUUUGGGACGGGUCAGUUCCCGCCACAGCAGUGACCCCGAAAUAUGGCGGCAGUACGCGACGCUGUACGGCGGUGGCCGCAGCCGCCGCCAAGACGAGAAUGAAAAGGCCCAGCAGUUCUUGUCCAAGGCCCACCGCUGCGAGGUGCAAGCCGGGGGCUGGGAGAAGCAGCCAGGUCUUUUUAAGGACGUGAUCAAAAGAGCCAUCAAUAUGGGGGAAGUGACCAUCUGUUGCAGUAAGAUGAAAAAGAACCCAUCCGAAGCGCUUCAGAUGCUUUCCUCAACGCGUCUCAGCCUGAGGGGCUUGGCCACCAAAGCUAAGCAAAUGCACACCGACCCGGCCUCGGGUCAGAUCCACGCCAAGCUGCAGGAUGAUGUCGCUGACCUGGAGCAGCUUGUUACGCAACUACAGGAGCUAUGUGGACAACUACGUGCUCAGUCACAGUGAACAUUCUCACCGAUGCGCAUUGAUGGCGACAAGCCGGACCAACUCAUGAAGUCCUGGUCCACCGUGUGCUUCUUAUUAAUAUUACGAGUACAGUGACACCUACCUUGGUUAGUGUUCGCUCCGGAGUGUUUCUCAGUUAACGUCAAAAAUUGAUGCCACAAUUUUGCCCUGGUUUGCGAGCAUUCGGUCUUGUCGUGUUAUUAAUACGCUGUGUGACUCCAACUGUGUUCUUAGGUCUGUCACGAUAACACAUUUUCUGGUCGAUAACUGUGCUACAAAUUAUCGUCUAAUCGUUAUUGUUGACAUUUUUUUUCCCAUUGAUCAUUGUAAGUCAUUUUUAUUGUUUGAUUUAAUUGAUUUAUCGAUAAUUGUGACAGACCUAUGUGUUCUUAAUUUUAAUUUUUUUAUUUUAUUUUUUUUUAUUUUCCAUCCAUCCAUCCAUCCAUCUUCUACCGCUUAUCCGAGAUCGGGUCGCGGGGGCAACAGCCUAAGCAGGGAGGCCCAGAUCUUCCUCUCCCCGGCCAAUUUGUCCAGCUCCUCCCGGCGGAUCCCGAGGCGUUCCCAGGCCAGUUGGGAAACAUAGUCUCUCCAACGUGUCCUGGGUCUUCCCCGAGGCCUUCUACCGGUCAGACUUGUCCUGAACACCUCCCCAGGGAGGCGUCUGGGAGGCAUCCUGACCAGAUGCCCAAGCCACCUCAUCUGGCUCCUCUCAAUGCGGAGGAGCAGCGGUUCUACUCCGAGUCUCUCCCGGAUGACAGUGCUUCUCACCCUAUCUCUAAGGGAGAGCCCAGCCACCCUACGGAGAAAACUCAUUUCGGCCGCUUGUACCCGCGAUCUUGUCCUUUUGGUCAUUACCCAAAGCUCAUGACCAUAGGUGAGGGUAGGAACGUAGAUCGACCAGUAAAUUGAGAGCUUUGCCUUUUGGCUUAGCUCUCUCUUCACCACAACAGACCGAUGUAGAGUCUGCAUCACUGCAGACGCCGCACCAAUUCGCUUAUCGAUCUCGCGUUCCAUCCUUCCCUCACUCGUGAAUAAGACCCCAAGGUACCUAAACUCCUCCACUUGGGGCAGGAUCUCAUCCCCGACCUGGAGAUGGCAUUCCACCCUUUUCCGGGCGAGAACCAUGGACUCGGACUUGGUGGUGCUGAUUCUCAUCCCGGCCGCUUCGCACUCGGCUGCGAACCGAUCCAGUGAAAGUUGAAGUUCACGGCUUGAUGAAGCCAGCAGGACCACAUCAUCUGCAAAAAGCAGAGACUCAAUCCUGCAGCCACCAAACCGGAACCCCUCAACGCCCUGGCUGCGCCUAGAAAUUCUGUCCAUAAAAAUAAUGACCAGAAUUGGUGACAAAGGGCAGCCCUGGCGGAGUCCAACCCUCACUGGAAACGGGUCCGACUUACUGCCGGCAAUGCGAACCAAACUCUGACACCGGUCAUACAGGGAACGAACAGCUUGAAUUAGCUGGUCCGAUACCCUAUAUUCCCGGAGUACUCCCCACAAUAUUCCUCGAGGAACACGGUCGAAUGCCUUCUCCAAGUCCACAAAACACAUGUAGACUGGUUGGGCAAACUCCCAUGCACCCUCAAGGACCCUGCUGAGAGUGUAGAGCUGGUGCACAGUUCCACGACCAGGACGAAAACCACACUGCUCCUCCUGAAUCCGAGAUUCAACUAUCCGGCGGAUCCUCCUCUGCAGAACCCCUGAAUAUACCU